CCCAGGCCUCGCCCCACCCCGGCCCCCGGGGCUGCCUGGCCUCCCCCCAACUCCCACACCGCAGCCAACCCCUUCCCUCCGGGCCAGCCUCCGCUGCAGCUGGGGAAGCAAGCCGAGGCGCCGUCGCCCUAGACCGAGAGUCCGCACCCCGACAUUGGGGUCCUGCACCCCAAGAUCGAAUCCAGAGAUCUGGAAACCCGAACCUGGGACCCUGAUCUGGGCUGGGAGCCCAUGACCUGGAGCCUGAACACCAAUAUCAGGGGCUGGAAUCUCAACAUCAGUCCCUGGGACCCCAAUAUUUGGAGCCUGAACCCCAAGACUUGGAAUAUGGACCCCAAGACUUGGAGCCUGAACCUCAAGAUCUGGCAUCUAAAACUCGAAGUCCGGACCUGAACUCUGAAUUCCAUGCCUGGGACCUUGAAAUCUGGGAUGGAAUUCCCAUGUCUUUACCCUGGAACCCAUUAUUUGGGACCUGAACCCUGAGAUUUAGGCCUCAUAUUCCAAGAUCUGAACCCUGGCAUUCCAAGGGGCCUAAACCCGAGAUCAGGCCUGAGGUACUUGCUGCAAAUCUGAAUGCAGAAAUUUAGGACUAGAGAACUCCAAAACUUGACUUAGCACCCCAAUAUCUGAACCCAGCACUCCAGUAUCAGAUGUUAUACCCUAAACUCUCCAUUUGACUGUUUAGCAUCCCAGGAUUGGAGCUGGGCAACUUUGACUCUGAACAAUCCAAAGGGGUGCCAGGGUCUCUAAAACUGGACCCUAGAGGCCCAAUAUUUGGGGAUCUAGGACCCCAAGUAUCAAGGUCUAGAGACUCCAUGACCACUUAUCUGAGCUGAGACACAACAGACAGUCCCUGUACAGAGGCCUUGGCUUGGGGACAGGAAAGUCAUGACCAGGUGCCCCAUCCAGACCCCUGACCCCUGACCCCCUUGGAGCCUGAGGACUCUGCUCCCUGGGGCGGCUUCCAGCUCAGGCCGCCCCUACCCGAGAUGGCCGUCCUCCCGCUGCUCCUUUGCCUGCUACCGCUGGCCCCCGCCUCGUCUCCACCCCAGUCAGCCACACCCAGCCUGUGUCCACGCCGUUGCCGCUGCCAGACACAGUCAUUGCCCCUAAGUGUGCUGUGCCCUGGGGCAGGCCUUCUGUUCGUGCCUCCCUCUCUGGACCGCCGGGCAGCUGAGCUGCGCCUGGCGGACAACUUCAUUGCGGCUGUGCGCCGCCGUGACCUGGCCAACAUGACGGGCCUGCUGCAUUUGAGCUUGUCACGUAAUACCAUCCGGCAUGUGGCAGCCGGCGCCUUUGCUGACCUUCGUGCUCUGCGUGCUCUGCACCUUGAUGGCAACCGGCUGACCUCGCUGGGCGAGGGUCAGCUGCGUGGCCUGGUCAAUUUGCGCCAUCUCAUCCUGAGCAACAACCAGCUGGCAGCACUAGCUGCUGGUGCCCUGGAUGACUGUGCCGAGACUCUUGAGGACCUCGACCUCUCCUACAACAACCUGGAACAGCUGCCCUGGGAGGCUUUGGGCCGCCUGGGCAAUGUCAAUACAUUGGGCCUCGACCACAACCUGCUGGCUUCUGUGCCUGCUGGCGCCUUUUCUCGCCUGCACAAGUUGGCGCGGCUGGACAUGACCUCCAACCGCCUGACCACCAUUCCACCUGACCCACUCUUCUCUCGCCUACCACUACUAGCCAGGCCCCGCGGCUCACCUGCUUCUGCCCUGGUGCUGGCCUUCGGCGGGAACCCUCUGCACUGCAACUGCGAGCUGGUGUGGCUGCGGCGGCUGGCUCGGGAGGACGACCUCGAAGCCUGCGCCUCCCCACCUGCCCUGGGUGGCCGCUACUUCUGGGCUGUGGGUGAGGAGGAGUUUGUUUGUGAGCCCCCCGUGGUGACUCACCGCUCGCCACCCCUGGCAGUGCCUGCAGGUCGGCCAGCUGCCUUGCGCUGCCGGGCAGUGGGGGACCCUGAGCCCCGUGUACGUUGGGUGUCACCCCAGGGCCGGCUGCUGGGCAACUCGAGCCGUGCUCGUGCCUUCCCUAAUGGGACCCUGGAGCUGCUGGUCACUGAGCCGGGUGAUGGCGGCAUCUUCACUUGCAUUGCAGCCAAUGCAGCUGGUGAGGCCACAGCUGCUGUUGAGCUAACUGUGGGCCCCCCACCUCCUCCUCAGCUAGCCAACAGCACCAGCUGUGACCCCCCGCGGGACGGGGAUCCUGAUGCCCUCACCCCGCCCUCUGCCGCCUCUGCCAAGGCAGCUGACACCGUACCCCCUACUGACCGUGGUGUCCAGGUGACUGAGCAUGGGGCCACAGCUGCUCUCAUCCAGUGGCCAGAUCAGCGGCCUAUUCCAGGAAUUCGCAUGUACCAGAUCCAGUACAACAGCUCAGCCGAUGACAUCCUCGUCUACAGGAUGAUCCCAGCCGACAGCCGCUCCUUCCUGUUGACAGACCUGGUGUCAGGCCGCACCUACGAUCUGUGUGUGCUAGCGGUAUAUGAGGACAGCGCCACAGGGCUGACAGCCACACAGCCAGUGGGCUGCACCCGCUUCUCCACGGAGCCAGCACUGCGGCCCUGCGGGGCCCCACAUGCACCCUUCCUGGGCGGCACCAUGAUCAUCGCACUGGGUGGUGUCAUCGUGGCCUCGGUACUGGUCUUCAUCUUCGUUUUGCUUAUGCGCUACAAGGUGCAUGGCGGCCAGCCCCCAGGCAAGGCCAAGGCACCCGCACCCGUCAGCAGCGUUUGCUCCCAGACCAACGGCGCCACGCCAGCCCUUCCUGCCCCUGAGCCCACUGCGCCUAGGGCCCACACCGUGGUCCAGCUGGACUGUGAGCCCUGGGGGUCCAGCCACGAACCCACGGGACCCUAGCCUCGUACCCACCUCUGUGGCCCUUCUGGCCCAAGGGGUUGCAGGACCCAGGCACCCCAUGGGGCCUGGCCUCAGACUCACCAAAUUGUUCAUGGUUUUUAAAACUGGUCGGGGGGGUGUCAGGGGCACUGGGGCACAACAAGAAAGUCCUAUUUUUCUAAGCUUGGGC